CAAUCUCAUAGACUACACAUACCUCUACCAUCAUCAGCGUUACUACAAUCGUUGCAGAUCCCCUCCUCAGACGCCCAAAUCUCAUAAUCUAUUUCCUGUCACCAGUCAUUGACCACACCGCCAUUAUGAAGUUCACGCUCAAGCUAUGUUCCGUUCUCGCUCUAGCCGUUUCCACAAUGGCGUUGCCCACCACCGACACGCGAGUUAUCCAACUCCGCCUCUGGGGUGAAACCGGUUGUGCCGAGGACAACAUGGGUGAGCUUGGCUUGUACCAAUCCGGCCUUGAUGAAUGUGGCACCUUCGCAGGCCCCUAUGCCAUUCAUUCUAUCACCACCUAUUACGUCGUAGCAGGAUAUGUUGCGCAAUUCUUCACCGAUUCAAAUUGCGAGGAGGGCGUCCAAAAUGUAACUGCGCCAGGAUGCCUUGACGGUGACACUGCGUUUGCCAGCUACAAGCUAGUCUCGAACUAGUAGUCGGUUGGAAGUAGACGGGCAGUGGAAUGAGGAACGAAUCUUAUCUGUGAAACCAUCUUUGCGAAUGUUAGGAGAUUGAUCUGUAUCGUUCAGCUAAAAAUGUGCACAAUUUCGAAGAUCG